GAAAAAUAUGCCUUCGCCGUCACUCUCCCCACUCGAAACUUGAAAAGAAAAAAAUUAAAUUAAGAGGAAUCCCCCCUCGGAGCACCCUCCGCGCACGUUAGCACCACCACCACCUCCUCCCACUUUUCUCCCCAUUAUACCCCUGGUGCCGGCCAAUUUUGCGGCGCCGGUCGGAACCCCAAUUUCCCAAUUCCCUCUGUAUAUUUCAUCUUUAAUUCUGCGCCUGUGGGGAUAUCACUUCAAAUUCUCAAAAUUAGGGGUUUUGAAUUAAGAUUUGAUUGAUGCCCAUGUCUAGGAUGAGAAAAAGGAUUUGACGAUGGCGAGGCUACUGGGAUUGACGCGUGCCUUCGGCGAGUGGGCUGAGUCACCUCGCGAGGUGACGCGGACGAUUCCGACCAGUGAGAGCAUCGGUGAGAGCGGGUGGCUGAUUAGGUUCUUCGAUUCGGCGUUUUUCUGCGAAUGGAUCGCGGUCAGCUACCUCUACAAGCACGAUCAUCCUGGGGUGCGGGAUUACUUGUGCAACCGGAUGUACACUCUACCUCUCUCCGGCAUCGAGAGCUACUUGUUUCAAAUUUGCUAUAUGUUAAUUCACAAGCCUAGCCCUUCACUCGAUAAGUUUGUUAUAGAUAUAUGCUCGAGAUCCCUCAAAAUUGCGCUUAAAGUACACUGGUUUUUGAUGGCGGAGUUGGAAGAUGUAGAUGAUAAUGAGGGGAUUAGUAGGAUUCAGGAGAAAUGCCAGUUUGCAGCUACUUUGAUGGGUGAAUGGCCUCCUUUGAUUAAACCUCAGACGUGGAGUAGUGGUUUUAUGUCUUCUUCUAGUAAUAUCAAUAGUAGUAGUAGUAGUCCUAUUGGUAAGAAUCAGGUGUUGAAUAGGUUGUUUUCUUCCAAACAGAAGUUGCUGUCGUUGACAUCUUCGCCUCCGAGUAGUACAUCAGCAUCACGGUCUUUCUCAUUUUCACCCUCAUCGGGGAAUUCAAUAUCUCAGGAUGAUGGUGGUAAGGUAGUGGGAUCCCCAGAUGAGAGUAAUAAGAUUUUUAAGAAGUUCAUCCCAGGGGCUAAGGUUCGGGAUGCUCUAUUGUUUAGGAAGUCGGGGGAGAAGGAAGAUGAUGAGCCUGAGAAGGAUGGUGGAUUCUUUAAGAAGUUGUUAAGGGAUAGUCGGGAUGAUGAUGCUAGAAAGACAGGGGAUAAAGACAAAGAGUUUGAUGAGGAGACCGAGAAGGAAGGUGGGUUUUUCAAGAGGUUGUUGAGGGAUAGUCGGGAUGAGGAUGCAAGAAAAUCAAUGCCCAAGGAGAAUGAGAAAGAGCCUGAGAAGGAAGGUGGGUUUUUCAAGAGGUUGUUGAGGGAUGGUCGGGAUGAGGAGAUGAAGAAGUCAGUGGAUAGAAGUAAAGAUGAAGAGGAGCAUGAGAAGGAAGCUGGUUUCUUCAAGAGGUUAUUGAGUAGUAGUCGAGAUGAAGAUGCAAAGCAGUCAGUUGAUAAGGAUGAUGAUGAGACGGAGAAAGAGGGUUUCUUUCGCAGGUUGUUGAGUGGUAAAGAUGAGGAGGAAGUUAGUACUAGUUCAGAUGGAUUUUUCAAACGGUUGUUUCGGGAGGGUAAAAGUGAUGCUGAGGAAAAAACUUUGUCUAGAGCUCUAGAAGAUGAUGAAAGGGAAGGGUUUUUCAAAAAGCUAUUUAAGGACAAAUUUGAGGACAGGAAGGAUGGUAUUGAUAAAUAUGAUGAUCUGGAAAGAGCAUCAAAGUCCUGUGAUGAUCAUGAUAAAGAAGGAUUUUUCAAGAAACUAUUUAAAGAAAAAAUUGAAGAAGACAGGAAAGAUUUGGUCUGUAUUGAUGAGGACAGGAAAGGACAUGCAAAUGGCGAAGAUGAGGAACAAUCAGAUUUUUCGUUGUUCCGUAGGUCGCUUCGUGUUCAUCCAGAAGACUCCAAAGCUUCAAGGGUAAAUACUAAUGGCCAUAACAGUAACGUGCAUGAAAGCAGUCCCGGAACAGAAAACUUUUUCCGGAAGUUGUUCAAGGAUCGUGAUCGUUCUGUUGAGGAUUCUGAACUAUAUGGCUCCCGAAAGAACAAAGUGAACUCUCCUGGCUCACCAAAGCAGCAAAAUGAAAAGUCGAAUGCUAAACCUCCUCUGCCAAAUAGUGCAUCACAGUUUAGAAAAGGGACGUAUCAUGAAUCACUUGACUUUGUCCAAACAUUAUGUGAGACAUCCUAUGGCCUCGUUGAUAUAUUUCCUGUCGACGAUCGAAAAUCUGCUCUUUGUGAGUCGCUUGUAGAGAUCAAUGCUCAUAUAGAUGAUGCUCAAAACAGUGGAGGAAUAUGCUUUCCGAUAGGGAGAGGAAUGUAUCGUGUGGUUCACAUACCCGAAGAUGAAGCUGUUCUUCUAAAUUCCAGAGAAAAGGCUCCUUACUUGAUCUGUGUAGAGGUUUUGAAGAGUGAAGCUCCCAGUAAUUCUAAGGAUGCAUCAAAUUCACAAAAGCUUUCCAGAGGAGGAAUUCCGUUGGCAAAUGGAGAUGCACUUUUGCCAAAGCCACCACCAUGGGCUUAUCCACUGCGGACAGGGCAGGAUAUGUACCAUACUGGUUAUGAUAGGAUGUCCAGGUCUACCUCUGAAGCUAUAGACCAAGCAAUGGCUCAGUUAUGGGAGGCCAAAGUGAAAUUUGUUCGUGUUAAUUUCUCACUGGAGAAGCAACUAGACCAUGCUGAGCCUGCCGCUGCUAGUGCUGGCUGGACCACAGAGGCUGACUGUGCAUGUAAAGCUGAGGAUGACUGUGAUUCAGAAUGGGUAAGGGUUGUCUUGUCAGCUGAACCUGGGAUUAGCAUGGAUGACAUAGUGGACCAAGAUCCGCCUCGUCGGAAGGAGCACCGCCGUGUUCCAAGCACGGUGGCUAUCGAGGAAGUCAAGGCUGCUGCUUUGAAAGGAGAAGCACCUCCAGGGCUUCCUUUGAAAGGGGCUGGACAGGAUUCAUCAGAUGCACAACCAAAGGUUGCUAAUGGUGGUGUCCCCAAAGUCAGUGAUGCAUUAGCUGGUGAACUUUGGGAGGUUAAGAAGGAGAGAAUACGCAAUGCCUCAUUGUAUGGAAAACUGCCUGGGUGGGACUUGCAUUCUGUGAUUGUGAAGAGUGGGGAUGACUGUAGACAGGAACACCUGGCUGUACAACUUAUAUCUCACUUUUAUGAUAUAUUCCAGGAGGCUGGUCUCCCACUGUGGUUGCGUCCUUAUGAAGUUUUAGUUACUUCUUCUUAUACAGCUCUUAUUGAAACCAUACCAGACACGGCAUCACUUCAUUCAAUCAAAAGUAGAUUUCCGAACAUCUCAAGUUUGCGUGACUUCUUUGUUGCCAAGUAUGAAGAAAAUUCUCCCAGCUUCAAGCUCUCUCAGAGGAACUUUGUUGAAAGCAUGGCUGGAUACUCUCUAGUGUGCUACCUAUUACAGGUGAAAGAUAGGCACAAUGGAAACCUGUUGUUGGAUGAAGAAGGCCAUAUUAUACACAUAGAUUUUGGUUUCAUGCUUUCUAAUUCACCUGGCGGUGUAAAUUUUGAAAGUGCACCAUUUAAAUUAACCCGUGAACUUCUUGAGGUGAUGGACUCUGAUGCUGAGGGAGUUCCAAGUGAAUUUUUCGAUUAUUUUAAGGUUUUAUGCAUCCAAGGUUUUCUAACGUGUCGCAAACAUGCAGAGCGCAUAAUUCUUCUUGUCGAGAUGUUGCAGGAUUCCGACUUCCCUUGUUUCAAAGGUGGUCCCCGGACAAUACAGAACUUGAGGAAACGAUUUCAUCUUAGUUUGACAGAGGAGCAAUGUGUGUCUUUGGUCCUUUCGCUGAUCAGCAGUAGCUUGGAUGCAUGGAGGACACGCCAGUAUGACUACUACCAGAGAGUCUUGAAUGGGAUAUUAUGAGCACGGAUUACACCCUUGACAGCAGCUCCGUUGGAGAUAGUGUAUUUCUUUGUGCUUGAGGAUAUCUGGUUUCCUGGCAGUGAGCAAUUACGAUGUAUCAUCACUGCUAAUAUGCAUGGCGAUGAUACUUGGGAUGCCUUUUUCGGUCAGUGAGCAAGUUUGUAUCGAGGCAGGAGUGCUCUGUCGAUGUAUAGCUGCUGAUGAAACAGCUCUACAGGAGGAGUUACCAUUUUUUGUUUUGCCAUUUUCCCUUGUUUCAGGAGAAGAGAUGGAGUUUUCAUUAUUCGAGGUGGGGUUCGACGUUUUAACCCACAUUGUGUGGGCCAUACUGUACAGAAUGAUUGAGAAUGGGGUGGGGGUGUAACUCAUUGAAGACAGCACUCGGAACCUUGAUUAUGAUUUUUGAGUCUGCUACACCAAUUGAUCUGUAGCAAAGAACUCGGCCUGUAUAUUUGCUGCCUUGCCGUUAAGCUUUGAUCAGUUUACAUUCAUAAGCUGCUCUCUCUAUCACACUCUCUUGGCUUCGACUCCCCGGCGUCCAUCUCCGGCCUUGAUUCUUUUAUGUGAAAAUGCUGCAAGUAGCAUUCUGUUGUAUUGUGUAUAAAUUUCAAAUUUGUUUCACUCGUGUAGUGCAAUUUGCUCAUUUGGAUAGAAGUGUGCAAGUUUGAUUGGUACCAGUUGGUUACACGUCUCAUCGGUGCCAAAACACGUACAUUUAAUGUGUUAAUUAUCGUGUUGCGGCUGCAUUUGUGAAUCCUUUUCAUGAGUUUCCUGCAGAAGAGUGAGAAUCCAUUGUUUUUUU